AUGUUAACAUUAAGGUCAUCUCACCAUCAUCCAAAGUUUAUCCAACCAAUAUCACAUGAUCUCAUGGACCCAUGGGUCCGCAAGAUCAUCGAAGAAAGUUUACUACAUGAACAAGAAAUAAGUAGUUGGGUUGUUAGUGAGAAGGGUAGUGUUAACGAACGAAAAUAUGGAGCGAACGUUCCACGUGAUGUACAUACUUGCGUCGGGGAUGAUUGUAAAGGAAAUGUAGGAGAAUGA